AUGCUCCUCUCCCUUUGCGCCGAGCAGCUCAAGAUCCCGUACCUUGCCUCUGGCGGCUUUGCGAAUGGCAGACAAGUAGCCGCGGCCCUUGCGCUGGGCGCCUCCGGUGUUAACAUGGGCACGCGGUGGAUGUGCACCGUCGAAUCGCCCAUCCACCACAAAGUCAAAGAGGCCAUUGUCAACGCCACAGAAAACGACACCGUCCUGUGUCUGCGCAAGUUCCGCAAUACCUCGCGUCUGCACAAGAACAAGGUGUCUCUCGAGGUUGUCAAGAUUGAGAACGAGAAGAAGGAUGUCGAGUUCAAGGAUGUUGCCCACUUGAUGAGUGGCAAGCGGGGCCAGGGUGUCUAUGAGACGGGCGAUGUGGACGCCGGAGUGUGGAGUUUAGGCAUGUGUGCCGGCCUUAUUCACGAUAUUCCGACGUGUGAGGACUUGGUCAAGACGAUGGAGAGGGAUGUGAUUGAUGUGUUGGCCAAGACUAAUGCACUGAUUUACUGCAUCCACAUACUAAUCAUUGGCGACUUCAAGACAUAUAGAUAUCCGCUUGCACAUCUCGGACUGCACGACUCAAACUUCGCAGCCAAAAUCGUAUGCCCAGGGCAAAUCGACAAUGGAAGAAUCGCCGCAGAUGCCAGGUUGCAAUGCACCUUUGUGAGGCGCUGGGCAGAGACAUGA